GGCGGGCGUAGGCGCUGGUCAAGUAGUGAGGAACAAAACCCCGACGUCGACGCACGCCGCGCCAGAAGCACGCUUGCGUCACAACUAUGGCAGAGAAAACAUUCACGAGGAAACAAGUCGCCGAACAAGGCACCAACAAAAAUGUUCUGUUUGUUAUUAACAAUGACGUCUAUGACGUUACCAAGUUCAUCGACGAGCAUCCCGGCGGACACGAGGUCCUGAUUGCCGUCACCGGGAAAGACGGGACGGAAGAAUGGGAGGACGUCGGCCACAGCCUCGACGCCAAGGAGCUCAUGGUCAAAUAUAAAGUUGGGACAAUCGUCGCCGAAGAAAGGGUGGAAGUGAAGAAGAAGCAGUAUAACUGGAGUAACAAUAAUACCACUGACACUUCAGAUUCUGGGUUGUUGUCUUCGUGGAAGUUCCCGCUGCUGCUAGGCAUCGUGGUCACCGUGUUGUAUUCAUAUUUGUUUACGUAGAAUCUGCAGCGUCGCCGGCGUGGUGAUGGCCCGAGACCCGCGACCUUAAAAAUUGGCCAAAAGUGACUUCGUUAACAUUGUGGAUGUUUGUGUACUUUGACCGUUGAACCAUGUGUGAUGACGUCUUAUUAAGUUUUUGCUCGGCGUGGCUGCCUAACUGAUUAUAAUUUUUUCGAGUGGUCUAACAUUGCGUUUCGCAAGUCUGACCGUUCUGUGCAACCGACAGGAACCGGUCGAGGCUGCUAAUGAAUGAAACUGAAAUUAAAUAAUUAGGUAGUUCGUGGAAAUUGAUUACUGAAUCAUUAACAACGCUUAAUUAUGUUGUCCUGUUUUCCUUAUAAUUAUUUGUAAAUAUAUGUAUGAUUGACCUUGAUGCGCACAAUAACAUACGAAUACAUUUACAUACAAAUACUGGAAUGUGCAUGUGGAACUAAGAUGUUAAUGGUGCAAUUUCUUUAUUAAAUUGUUUUUGUCGAUUACAAAAAUACAUUUUGUAAACGUAAGUUGUACGUAAUAAAGUUGAUACAGUCAUGCUUUAAAAUGUGUUAUCAAGUAGCAACAUUACCUUGUUAUCAGAUAUUGUGGUUGAGGUGCCUUCUACGGGCUAGAGAUAAGUUGUGUUAAAUAAAGAUAAAUAAGUUGUUAUUGUUUGUACAAAUAUGUAUUUUCUUAUGAAAUUUAUAUGUACACGUUACAUUCACAGGAACAAGUCAAAUUUAUUGAAGAGAAAAAAGAAUAUACAAACGUAGAUUACAAUGGGUAUUGGCCAGCAGCACUGAAACUGACAAUUACGAAAUCGUAGUAUGAUUUUCUAACUGUAACUGAACUAACAUUUCUUCUUUACCUCCAGUGAUUAAUCAGCAGUCUAGUCCAGUGUGUGCUCCAUGCCCAUGGUAUAGCUUCGCUUUUCUUUCAAACCAACUUCUUAGAAUUUUGAAAUCUUAGUAACCCUAGACUGAGCCAAUACCUAUGAAGUUUCGGUCUAUUAGUUCACGAGCCGAGGCCGCCACAAGAAAGCUUGUAAGUAGUUACCAUACGUGCUAUAUUCACCAAUAAACAAUGUCAGUUCUGAGGA